AGCGCAUUUGGAGCAAUACUCAGGAGCAGUGUUAUGGAAAGUUGUAUUUGUAGUUGAUCUUUGUUUGAGAGGAUGUAAAGAUCUUUGAGCAAGUGUUGAUUUGUAGUUGGAAACAUAUUUGUAGUUGAUCUUUGUUUGAGAGGAUGUAAAGAUCUUUGUGAACUAGUAUAAGAAUAUAAGGUGACUAGUGAGGAUACCUAUUUAUCAAGAAGUUGUACUGGAAGAAAAAGUCUUAACUAAUUUGAGAUCUAAGGAUUAGGUCUGCAACCAGUUCUACUUUAGUGCUGGAAAGAUUAUGGUUAUAAGUACAGAGUGAGUAGAAACUUCCCUACCCAUUAUUAGAAAUUUUAGUAGAAAAGGCUUAGUAGAAACGGUCCUUCCUCCUCCUAUUUGUCUCAUAGUUAGUGGGUGGAACAGUCCACAUUUACGACUCCACAUUGUUAGGCUUAUCUUCUGAUGCAACAAUCUAAACUUCUACUCUCUUUUUCUUCCCAACACCAUAUAUCUCUUCUGAAGGACAGCAACCUUCUGAAGGACAGCAACCUUGAACUCGCACAUUACAGCCAUCUCUAAUUUGACCGACUUCCGGUACUGAGGAGGUGUUGCCUUUGCGCAAUGUUUUCAAGCUCGUCGGCGAGUAUUGUUGGCCGUAUUACGACGCGGAAACCGGUUACGGCAAAGUCCCGGACGCCUUCGUGCACCACUGCACUUUUUUCCUGAACCUAUUCCAGUCGCGCCAGUGGGAACCCACGCUGUUGACCAACAUGGUGGACGCCGCGCAGAAGCUGCUCAAUGCAUCCUCCAACCCGAACGCGGAAGCGCUCCGGAGAGAGUGCAUGACGUUAAGGGGUGAAACAUGACGUCAUUUCUAGAAGUCAUUUUUUUCACUGUUUCCACCUUGAGAAAGUGAGAAAAUGAAGGCAACAAAUGAAUUGUCUCAACCUGCUCUAAUGACGUGCGGUUUUGCGGAGCGGAUUGACGACGUGAUCACCCGGCUGCAGCAGAACAGAAAGUCCAGUGACGCAUUGUUGGAGAAACUAGUACAAUUCAAGAACAUGUAUUUCCCAGACGACGACCUAGACGACGACCACUUCCUCAGCGAAGGAGGAGGGCUCUUAAGCGAGCAAUCCUUCGGUCAGGGGAUGGAGAAAGUGCAGAACUUUGACUUCAGUUGAUCACCUCGGUCUAUGAAUUGAUCUAUGUUGAGGAUGUGAUAAAAGAAUCUAAGUUUCUUGGAAACAUCUCUGUCCUACUUUCAAGAGAGAGGCAACCUUUCCUCACGUCAGUUGCGUCUUUAGUUUGGAAACGUCUCUGUCCUACUUUCAACAGAGAGGCUGCUUCUCCGCACCUCAUCUUUGCGUGGUUGUCUAUGUCUAAGAUCUACCUCUUCUACGAGGUCAAUUAUACAUCGUCCAUGAUUUUGGUACUAGUUUGUCCUCUGAUAAUGAAUGAAUAAUAUAAGUACAUGAUCCUUGUUGCUGCUGCACACGACCCCACAGAAAUGAUUAAAUUGUAUUAGCUGCGGUGAGGAGUACCAUUCUAGCUGUUGGGCGGUUCAAAACACAUAAAGAACGCCUCUGCCAGCAUCUAUCUGGCAGACCUCUGCUGGAAAAGAUCUUCGUAGGCUCCACAUCUAACGAAAGUAACACUACUUGGAGGAGGUCCUCUGAGAGCUAGUUCUACUAAGUAACCACAUUUAUUUGUUGUACUACUUCUUUGAACAAAAAUCUUACCAAUAUGCUUGCUUACCAUUUUAAGUAAGUUGUCCCUACACCUAGUUCUUAGACCCCUUAUUCUGCACGCAACCUACACACUACGAUGAAUGAGUGAAUGGAGAUGAGACAUAUGCGUCCAAACAAGAUGAUGCUGACAGCCUCACCAUAGUUGUAAGGAGAAAGAAAGAAAGGAUCAGGGGGAAAGGUUUCUUGUGCGCAACGACGAAUAGGAC